GAAAAUAUCUAUCUUUAUAAUUUAGUUUUAUUUUGAAAUAGUAGGUGAGAUGAUAUAUAGCACUUUUUUGUUAGAUGAGAAUAUAGAUUAAACAAUAUUAUCUGAUAUCGUUAUGAGCAAAAAUGUCCGUUUGACGCGCCACAGUAGGGAUUCGCAAGCUCACCCACCACCUUGAUAUUAUCUCAGCUUCUUGCUACUGAAUGUAUGAGGGAUUAAAAUUGCUUCAUAAACUGAUAGCCAACAACUCUGACUGGUGGAAUUGCAGAUGAGAGAAAUGAAGCGUCAUGAAAUAGCCAAGAAAAGAAGGUUUCAACCAUGUAGAUACAUCAAAAUCGGCGAGCAAAACCAUUGCACCAACACGGACGAAGGGUAUCUCUUUCCAUCGACCGAUCCGAUGUAUACUUUCCACAGAAAGGUCGAUUCCAGGCUCUGGAGAUUAUACUUUCUGCCCAGCAUUUCCCCUGUACACAGAUAUUCGUCAACACAAUGCGGAGUCUAGGGUUCAGAUAGAGAUGUUACCAAUGUAUGUCCUUGAAGAGAAGACCCGAUGAUGACCCCUAAAUGACCCUGUUUAUCUGCUAUAGAUCAUUCUUCACAUGUGAUAGACACAGGUGAGAUCAUCCUCAAGAGUCGCAGUUCAUAGAAACGAUCAGCUAAAAAUCAAUUUUAUAAUUUGAAGUAAGAGGGAACCGCCUUAUGAGCCUUGGUCUGGAUUUGGGCAGAGCUCGAUCAUCGUAAUGCAAUCGUUCGUCAAGAGAGGGGUAAGUGGAGAUUUGAAGGAAUCAUAGAGCGAAAGAGCUCUAGCAAGAAUCAAGCUGCAUACGACUCAAUGAGUUGUGCAAUCCUCGAAAUAGUAAUCGGAGCAAUUGGAAUUCCCGAGUGGCAAUAAACUACCUCCGGCGUUCUACACCAUUGGCUCAGGCGAUUGGAGGUAGGAGAGUUUGUUUGAGCUUCUUGAUGUAUCUAAGUUCUCCAAAGUGCUUAUAUAGUUGAUGAAAGUGCUCUCACAUCGAGAAAAUAAACAUCAAUCUCAGCUUCUAUUCAAACUUCACACAAAAACUUCAUUUUUAUCACAACCUGUAUCUCGAAAACAUGCAGCAAGUUAUUACUCAAACGCUUGUCGAUGAUAGAUUCAUUCAAAUCUCAGAUUCGAAGAAGAGCGAAGGCCUAGCCACCGACAGUACCAAGCGUCAAAGUCAAGAGCAGCCUAUUCAUGAUAAAGACCCCAUCAAAGCAGCAACGGCAGCAAUGGCUGCCACCCCCCUUGUCAAAGAGCAUCAGGACACCUGGUACUACCCUCCUGACAUUGCGAACGAUUUGCAAUCUAUCAACCUUCCGGCCGAAUUGAAGGGAGAAAUCUUUGCGUGCGCAUGGGAAUACACACGCUGUGUUAUUCCUAACUACACAAACUGGAAUAGAUAUGUGGCCUUCAUGCGUAUCAUCAUCAUGGGUAUCAUCGCCGAGUUUCGAGGCGAGAUGGUGGAUGUCACUGCCAGCAACAACCUCCUCGGUUACGAUUUGGACGCUACUCUUGCGGCUUUAUUUGAGGGAACCCCAGGGCACAAAGAAAUGGCACGAGAGUACAAGACUUUUCUGUUAAUCACGGCGGACAAGGCGAGUGAAAGACGAGAUGGGGAGCUUUUCAGACGUUAUGUAAACGCUCUCGCGCAAUCACCGAGACACUGGUUCCGCAUGCGGGAUUGUGAUGCACUGGCCAGAUUCACGAUUGCCUCGGCUCUAGCAUGCAACGAUCUCGACGACAUCUGGUUCACCGAAGAUCAAUUUGAAAUUUUGACCGAAAUUGGAGACACUCUGUAUGAUGCAGUGGCUUUCUACAAACAUCGUGCUGAAGGUGAGACAAACAGCACAUUUGCCUACAUGCCGGAGGACUUGCGCAUCAAAGCCUACAGCGAGUGUCGCGAGAUACUUUGGGCCCUUGACGCCGCCUGGGCACGAAAUCCUAAGCUGGCUAAUGUUAUUAAUUUCGUGCGCUUCUUUGGUGGACCUAUACACAUGAUGAUGCGCCGUUACCGAUUCGUUGAAGAGAAUUUGACAAUUGGCAAGUCAGAGACCGACAAAGUCGUUGAUCAAACCCGGAAGAACUUCAAGCUCUGGAAUCGAGUCGAUGCCAACAAAAGGUCUGUUCUUAACACACAGCGGUACAAGGCCCUCAUCGCUCGUAGUGAAGAGCUUAUGUUUCCGGGGCUUGCUGAGUUCCUUGAAAUGGGCGGUGAUGGGAUUUGUGACAAAUGCAAAUAUCGCGAGUCCUACGGUGCAGAAUUGUCACACCAGUUUGGUGGUGUUGAACUGUGCAGCGAAUGCAGACUAUCGUGGAGAAAGUACCUAGAAUGUUUUGUAGAGCGUGCGACAAAGGUUUUUCCUGAGCUGAAAACACAUUUUGAGGUUCCAGUUUGAGGAUGGCGAUAUUUUCAAGUGGCUUAAACUUCUACAAUGGCGAUAUGUUAGAUUGGUCGAGCUUUUAGUUAGGUAGAUAAAGUUUAAAGUCAUAUUACUAAAGAAAUCACCCACCUAUUUACUA